CACACUCACCCCAAGUCCCUGAACUGAUGCCAUUGGGUGAGCGUGGAUUUCUGAGCUGCUGGUUUUCGUUCUAUUGCAGAUAUAUUCUAUCUCAAUCCCGUCCGUCCCUCAACGGAAUUUUACAUUUCGAUCACUUUACCAUAAAUCACAAUGUCGUCAUCUGACGUGCCCAAGACCUGCAAGGUGGUAACGGCGGAUACCGUUGCCAGGGGCCUCCUGGAGGAAGUCAGAGAGACUCUGCGACAGACGCAGAAGGAGGGCAGCGCAAAGCCCUACCUAGCCGCCUUUCUCGCCAACGACGACCCGGCGGCCGUCAAGUAUGCCGAGUGGUCCAAGAAGACAUGCGAGGAGAAUGGCUUCGAGUUUGACCUCCGGAGGGCGGACAAGGAGUCACUUGAGGAAGACAUCGUCGCUGCCAACGAGGACCCCAGUGUAGAUGGCAUCAUCGUGUACUAUCCCAUCUUCCCCGGGAACCCGACCCACGACAAGUACAUCCAGGAGACCGUAGCCCUCGCCAAGGACGUCGAGGGCUUAUGCCACAAGCAUUUGUACAACAUGUACCACAACGUCAGGUUUCUAGACCAACCAACCAACCACAAGAAGUCCAUCCUGCCGUGCACUCCGUUGGCAGUGGUCAAGCUCCUAGAACACCUCCAGAUCUACAACUCCAUCCUACCCUACGGGAACCGGCUUUUCGGCAAGACGAUCACCGUCAUCAACCGUUCCGAAGUUAAUGGCAGGCCGCUCGCUGCAUUGCUGGCCAACGACGGAGCCACCGUCUACUCCGUCGACCUGACCGGCGUACAGCUCUUCACUCGCGGCCAGGGCAUCCGACAACCGCGCCACCAGGUUCUUGACAAGGACGACUGGGGUUUGCGAGAGUGCAUCCCCAUCAGCGAUGUCAUCAUUGGCGGGGUGCCGGUCGAAAGCUUCAACGUGCCCACGGACCUCAUCAGGGACGGUGCUGUGUGCAUCAACUUCUCCUCUUGCAGAAACUUUGAUGGCCCCGCAGUGAAGGAGAAGGCUUCGAUAUAUGUACCUUCUGUGGGGAAGGUAACCAUCGCAGUGCUACUUCGCAAUCUAGUGCGGUUAAUUGCGAACCGGAACACGGUUGCUUGAGUGUAAAUGUAAGGGGGGCGUGCCAGAGUAACCGCUCCACUACAUAGACCAAAAGAUCCAACAAUUCAAUCACUUCGUGAUUAAACCCUCUGGCACCACAGUAUAUCAAGCCCCGGGAUCCCUUAGUAGGGCGACCCCGUUACAGUAAAAAUAAAUAAAAAUGUAAUAUAACGCUGCUUAAAUACACGGUUUAACACCACCUAGGUUCGCUGCACCCUUUCUUAUUUUUCCCCUUCCCGCAACAAC